GUUCCUCUUCAAGACGGCCAGCAGAAUGAUCAAUGAAGUAGGUGGGUCGCGCUGAGAUAAGAAUACUGGCAAGGCGCCCAUGAUGCACUGCAAGCCUGGGCUUUCUCACGAUCAGAAAUCGGAAAAUAGUAAUUGCCUUAGACAGCCGUAGUGCUCGGGCUGCACAGUCCUCGGACGCUCGGUGAACAGUUAUAUUACGCAGAAAUGCUCUACGCAUAAUAAUGAAAACAUAAUGCGGAGAAACUUUGACCAUUCCACAUCUGCUAGGCUUGAUCUCAGCUUCGUACUUUCUCCAAGAACCAUUAAUAUUUUCUCCAGCAUGAGACCGAUCGGUACACUAUGGCUGUGACUAAGCGCCAGAUCUAGCGGAUUUCAUUUAGCUCCUUUUUCUCCGAUCGCUAUGGUGGUAAAACCGUUCUGCUCCUGAUUUGCAAGCAAGGCGAAGGCAAGUGGACGUUCUAUCCAGGAACCACCGAUUGAACGCUGUGAUUGAGGCUGGACUCCUAUCGAGGACCACCAUGCUGAGGUCGUGGAAAGCGGCGCCUUGUUCGCAUGUAAUGAAUGCUGGGUUUACGCUGGCGAUCCUGUUCACUUGCCUUCAACAAGUAAAAACGGAGAAAGUGCCCGGAGCCGAGAGCAACUCGUCCGACUGCACCGGUUCCUACAAGUGCAAAGAGGGCGUGAUCUUGCCCGUGUGGUACCCGCAGGACCCAUCCGUCGGCGACAAGGUAGCUCGGGCCAUCGUCUACUUCGUGGCGCUGAUCUACAUGUUCCUGGGCGUGUCCAUCGUGGCCGACCGCUUCAUGUCCUCGAUCGAGGUGAUUACCUCGCAGGAGCGGGAGAUCACGGUGAAGAGACCCAAUGGCGAGACCAGCACCACCACCGUGCGCUUGUGGAACGAGACCGUGUCCAACCUCACGCUAAUGGCGCUCGGUUCGUCGGCGCCCGAGAUCCUGCUCUCGGUCAUCGAAGUGUGCGGCCACGGCUUCAACGCCGGCGAGCUGGGGCCCAGCACCAUCGUGGGCAGCGCCGCCUUUAACACCUUCGUGAUCAUCGCCAUCUGCGUGUACGUGGUGCCCGACGGCGAGGUGCGGCGCAUCAAGCACCUGCGCGUUUUCUUCGUCACGGCCGCCUGGAGCAUCUUCGCCUACGCCUGGCUCUACCUCAUCCUGGCCGUCAUCUCCCCCGCCGUGGUGGAGCUGUGGGAGAGCCUGCUCACCCUCGUCUUCUUCCCGGUCUGCGUGCUCUUCGCCUGGGUGGCCGACCGCCGCCUACUCUUCUACAAGUACGUCUACAAGAAGUACCGGGCGGGCCGCCACCGCGGCGUCAUCGUGGAGACCGAAGCCGACCGGCCCGACAAGGCCGACAUCGAGAUGGACGGCAAGAUGCUCAACUCGCACGAAGUAGCAGCUGCUGCCGCUGCAGCCGCCGCCGUCAGCGAGGGCGAGGUGCCUGACACGGUGGUGACGGUGGCGGGGGCCGCCAAGGACCAAGAGGAGGAGUCCCGGCGGGACAUGGCGCGCAUCCUGAAGGAGCUGAAGCAGAAGCACCCGGACAAGGAGAUGGAGCAGCUGAUCGAGCUCGCCAACUACCAGGUGCUGAGCCAGCAGGCCAAGAGCCGCGCCUUCUACCGCAUCCAGGCCACCCGCCUCAUGAUCGGCGCCGGCAACAUCCUCAAGCGGCACGCCGCCGAUCAGGCGCGCAAGGCCGUGUCCAUGCAGGAGGUGAGGCCCGAGGUGGACGAGGGGCCCGUCAGCCGCGUCUACUUCGACCCGGGCAGCUACCAGUGCCUGGAGAACUGCGGCUCGGUGGCGCUGACCGUCGUCCGCCGGGGCGGAGACCUGACCAACACGGUGACGGUCGACUACCGCACCGAGGACGGCACGGCCAACGCCGGCUCCGACUACGAGUUCACCGAAGGCAGCCUGGUCUUCAAGCCGGGCGAGACGCAGAAAGAGAUCCUGGUGGGGAUUAUCGACGACGACAUCUUCGAGGAGGACGAGAACUUCUGCGUGCACCUCAGCAACCUCCGGGUGGGCGGCGUGGCCGCGGCCGCACCCGCGCACGCGCCGUCGCCCAAAGCCGGGGCGGCGACGGCAGCGCAGCCGCCAACCGUCGGGGUGCCGGCGGGCGAGGCCACCAACGACGCGGCGUCCGUUGCCGGUGCCGCCGCCACCACCGCAGCCGCCGCCUCCUCCACCAAUCACGUGGCGACGUCCGGCGCCUGCGCCGUCUCGGAGAUCGCCUGCCUGGUGGCGCCCAGCACGGCCAACGUCACCAUCUUCGACGACGACCACGCCGGCAUCUUCAACUUCGAGGAGAAGGUGAUGCACGUCAGCGAGAGCGUGGGCGUGAUGGAGGUGAAGGUGGUGCGCGCCUCGGGGGCGCGCGGCGCCGUGCUCGUGCCGUACCGCACGGUCGAGGGGAGCGCGCGCGGCGGCGGCGAGGACUUCGAGGACACGGCGGGCGAGCUGCAGUUCGAGAACGACGAGAUCGUGAAAACCAUUACCAUUAAUAUAGUUGACCGUGAGGAGUAUGAAAAGCAAGACAGUUUCUUCAUUGCACUUGGUGAACCUGUGUGGAUCAGAAGAGGAAUGAAAGCCUUGUUGUUGAAUGAGCUAGGACCCUUCACAAAGACAGGUCAUGCUGUCUACAGGAAGGUUCAAUUUAGGGACAAGCCAAUUCCAUCUACUGUCAUCUGCAUUGCAGGUAAUACUGAAGAUAAAAAGGCUAUAUCAAGCAAAGAUGAAGAAGAGCGGCGGAUUGCUGAAAUGGGCCGUCCGGUGCUUGGAGAAAAUACAAAGUUAGAAAUCAUAAUUGAAGAAUCUUAUGAAUUUAAGAAUACAGUGGACAAACUGAUCAAAAAGACAAACUUAGCCUUGGUUGUGGGGACGAACAGUUGGAGGGAUCAGUUUAUCGAAGCUAUCACUGUGAGUGCUGGAGAAGAUGAUGACGACGAUGAAUGUGCUGAGGAGAAACUUCCUUCAUGCUUUGAUUAUGUAAUGCACUUUCUGACUGUCUUCUGGAAAGUUCUUUUUGCAAUUGUACCUCCUACGGAGUACUGGAAUGGCUGGGCCUGCUUUGUAGUGUCCAUUUUAAUGAUUGGCAUCCUAACUGCUAUUAUUGGUGACUUGGCUUCGCAUUUUGGCUGUACCAUUGGACUGAAGGAUUCGGUUACUGCAGUAGUGUUUGUAGCACUGGGGACCUCGGUUCCAGAUACCUUUGCCAGCAAAGUAGCUGCAAUUCAAGACCAGUAUGCUGAUGCUUCUAUCGGUAAUGUGACCGGGAGCAAUGCUGUGAAUAUUUUCUUAGGAAUAGGUGUAGCCUGGACAGUUGCAGCAAUUUAUUGGAGUGCUCAGGGAAAGAAUUUUGAGGUGCAGCCUGGAAACCUGGCCUUUUCGGUCACUCUCUAUACCAUAUUUGCUUUUAUAAACUUUGGUGUGUUACUGUACCGAAGGAAGCCCGAAAUUGGUGGCGAGUUGGGUGGACCACGGACUGCCAAGCUUGUAACCACAGCAGUGUUCACUUUGCUUUGGUUAGUAUACAUCUUUUGCUCAUCUCUGGAGGCCUAUUGCUACAUAAAGGGCUUCUAAAAAAAAUAAUAAAUAAAUCAACAGAACAUGAACAAAAUGGACAUCUAGUAUUUCACUCGCCUGAUGAUGGAAUGCUAACUUCUGAGAGCAUUCUUUUUACUAGGUAGAAGUGGAUUUUAGUGUUCCAUCUGCAGGGGCAUCAUAACAAUAAAGGCUAUGAAUGUAGGGCUUGGUCUGCUACUGUGCAGAUCAGUUAUACCAAAUGGUAAAAUAUUUUUUAUUGAGACAAAAGAGCCUAAAAUAAUACUUAUGGCACUUAUAUCCUCAAUAGCAUGCCCUCAUCCAUUCAUGCAAUGAUGCCUCUGUACUAAUGUGACUGUUUGAGAUCAAGUUGCUUAACACAGAAAAAUGACUCGACCCAUUAAUUAGUUUUGUUUUGGAUCUGCGUGCCCUACACUUCAUUUAACAUACUGCGUGCUGACAACUCCCAAUUAAAAUCCAGUGUUGUCAACAUUUGGAGUUUUUGGUUUAAUUUAAUUUGGGUUCCUUAGUAAAAAUGCACAGAAUAUGCGUAACUGCUAGACAUUUACCCAUACACCGUGUCAUUGUUAUUUUUGUACAAUAAUGUUAAAUGUGAUACUGUAAUGCUGUGCAUGGUUAAGGCAUUUGUCCUGUAUGUAAUAUAAAUACGUCACCAAUCUCAAGAUCUACCGUGUAUUGUUUAUUACCAGGAAUUGCUCGUCUGCGUAUGGUGAGGGGGAAAGGCUGUAGCUUUUGUCUGAAAUUUGCCACGUUUACAGAAAUAAGUGGUACUGUUGGAACUAGCACCUUCACAAAGACUGACUUGAUCUAUAAAUAAGGCAGAAUUUUUUGUUAAACUUAGAAGUUGAAUGAUAUGUUAUUAAAACUAUUCAGGGUCAUUUAUUUUAGUUUUGUUUUAGAAUGUCAGUAUAGUUAUUUCUGUUGUCUAGUUGCUUUUGUUGCUGUCAGCGCUGUGGCACAAUAAAUCAGUAAGACAGUAUAAUUGGGAUGGUGCAUGUAAAUUAACCCAAGCAGAAAGACGACAAUUGUUUAUGUUAAAUGUUGUUAAGUAGGCAACGAGGAUAUUGCUGUAGCAAUCAACAGCUCAUUACUAUUGCCAGCUUUGAGUCAUUUCAAUGUUGUGCAUUCUUGCAAAUACAGUCCAAACCAUCAAUGCCAAUUCAUACUCUUGUAUCAGAAUCUCUAUUAGAAGAAAGGCAUGUUCCAAGAUCCUAGUCACAUCAUGUGGCAUUAGGUUUUACAAAUAAACAACUCCAGUGGAGCUCGAUUGAAAAAUUGCAGAUGCUGUAUUUAGAACCAAUAAUAUAUGUAAGAUAGAAUUGAAUAAGAAUCUAUUGAAGCAAAAAAGUUGUUCUUGUGAGCCACAAAUUGUGAUCACAACAAAGGUUUGUGUAGUUGAAUUAAUGAAGAGUUAAGUGCAAUAAGUGUUUUCCUUCUAUGUUUGUUUUGAUCAAUGCUUUAAUAAUAAUAGAAAGGCAAAGGUUUGCAUUUGGUGCCAGUUUGUAAUCACUGAGAGCCAGGUUACACUUCAUCUCUAUGGAUACACCCAACUUGCAAUAUUGGUUUAAUCUUAUCACAAAAACAAAUAGGUAGAAUGCAUUCUAAUGUUUAUAAUUGAUUAUACAUGUAUGUAACUUGUACAUAACACAGUUCAUAAAAAAAACUAGUUUGCUGUGGUUUUGCUUUCCAAGUGACCACUUUACCACCUUCCCCUGAUCAAUUAUCUGUCUCU